CAUGUCUUUUUUGUACUUUGCCACAAUCCACAUGCCUUAUAAUUGCUUCUUUAUAGUGACAGUAUAUUUGUUAUCAUUUUUCCUUCUUUCUUCACCAUUUACAGAAUCUUCAAACUUCCCCCAAUUUCAACCCUUUCCUUUUCUUCCCUCCAAUGGUUAAAUUAAAUUAAAGAUUAAAUCUUGUUGGUAAGAAUUUUUAGAAAGUUAGUAUAAAUUAGACAAGGUUUUCUUUUUGUUUUUAAGGAAACCACUGAUUAGUAUUAUCCCACUAAUACACUUAGAACAGAAUCACUGCUUCAAAGAACUUUCCUCCUAUUUUGGUAAUUUCCAUGUUAGGCCCUUCCUUCUCUUCUUCUCUCUUAUAGUGCCUUCUUCAAGCUUUUGGGAGUAGCAAGUUAACUCUUUCUCUCUCUCUCUCCUCCUUACUUUCUCUCUCUUCCUUACUUUCUCUCUCUUCUUCCAUUGGCUUUUCUGUCUUUUUUGCUGCAUUUUUUGUGGAAUGUUAUAGUAACUUAAAGUUGGGUUCUUUUCUUUUCCUUUUUUAUUUUGUUUCUGUGUUUCUUUGUGGAUCUGCUUCUCUGUGAAUAAUUCGAAUUUCCAACCUUAUAUAAUCUUCUGGGUAUCUGUGCAAUUCAAAGAAUUUAUCUCAAACAUGGGUGAAACUGCUAUAAAAUUGUGAGAUUCUUCAUUUUUAGGAUCUGGGUUUUUCUGGGUUUUUUUGGUUAUUGUUGAAGAAAAAGUUUCAAAAAAGAAAAAAAAAAUGGUACCUGGUAUAGAUAUGAGUAAAUGGUGGGCAAAAGAAGAAAGAAAAGGAACACCAGUAAUAGUGAAAAUGGAGAAUCCAAAUUACUCACUUGUUGAAAUAGAAUCACCAGAUUCAGCAUUUAGAGCAGUUGAGAAAGAUAGAGGGAAAAAUGCAAAACAAUUGACAUGGGUUUUGUUGUUAAGGGCACAUAGAGCAGCAGGUUGUGUUGCUUGGGUUGGAAAUGGGAUUUGGUCAUUGUUAAGUACAAUAAAGAAAAGGUUGAUUUUAGGGGAAGGUGUUGGAAUGGAGAAUGACAAAAGUAGUAAGGGAAAGUUAUUGUACAGGGUAAUUCUGGGUUUUCUAAUAACUGCUCUUGCAUUCUUGGCAUUUGAGAUGUUUGCACACUUCAAUGGGUGGCAUUAUUUCCAAAACAGCAACUUACACAUCCCUCAAACUAUUGAGAUUCAAGGUUGGCUCCAUGAGAUUUAUGUAAGUUGGCUCGAUUUUCGGGUCAGCUAUAUUGCACCUUUGAUCCAAUCUUUAUCCACCUUCUGUGUGGUUUUGUUCAUGAUUCAGUCCCUUGAUAGGUUGGUUCUUUGUUUGGGGUGUUUUUGGAUUAAAUUCAACAAGAUUAGGCCUAGAAUUGAAGAUGAACCUUUCAAGUCAAGUGAUCCUGAAAAUCCUGGCUGCAAUCACCCAAUGGUUCUGGUUCAAAUACCAAUGUGUAAUGAAAGAGAGGUAUAUGAGCAAUCUAUAUCAGCUGUUUGUCAACUUGAUUGGCCAAAAGACAGAAUUCUUAUACAAGUUCUAGAUGAUUCUGAUGAUGAGAGUAUCCAGUGGUUGAUUAAGAAUGAAGUCUCUAAGUGGAGUCAAAAGGGUAUUAACAUUAUUUACCGACAUCGAUUGGUUAGAACUGGUUAUAAAGCUGGGAAUCUCAAGUCUGCUAUGAACUGUGAUUAUGUUAGAGAUUAUGAAUAUGUUGCCAUCUUUGAUGCUGAUUUUCAGCCUAAUCCGGAUUUCCUGCAGCAAACUGUCCCACAUUUUAAGGGAAAUCCAGAACUUGGUUUGGUUCAAGCAAGGUGGACUUUUGUGAACAAAGAUGAAAACUUACUGACUCGCCUUCAGAAUAUUAACCUUUGCUUUCACUUUGAGGUGGAGCAGCAGGUUAAUGGAGUGUUCCUUAACUUCUUUGGAUUCAAUGGAACUGCUGGGGUUUGGAGAAUCAAAGCACUGGAAGAUUCUGGUGGUUGGCUGGAGAGGACAACCGUCGAGGAUAUGGACAUUGCUGUCCGUGCUCAUCUCAAUGGGUGGAAGUUCAUUUACCUUGAUGAUGUUAGGGCUCUCUGUGAACUUCCUGAAUCUUAUGAAGCUUACAGAAAACAGCAACACCGGUGGCAUUCUGGUCCGAUGCAGCUCUUCCGUUUAUGUCUUCCAGCCAUCAUAAGCUCUAAGAUAUCAUCUUUGAAGAAAGCAAAUCUCAUCCUACUAUUCUUUUUAUUAAGAAAACUAAUCCUCCCAUUCUAUUCGUUCACAUUGUUCUGUAUCAUUCUUCCCUUGACCAUGUUUGUCCCUGAAGCCGAGCUCCCAAUCUGGGUAAUCUGUUACAUUCCGGUUUUCAUGUCAUUCCUGAACAUACUUCCUGCACCGGGAUCAUUUCCCUUCAUCGUCCCAUACCUUUUGUUCGAGAACACAAUGUCCGUAACCAAAUUCAAUGCCAUGAUUUCCGGGUUAUUCCAAUUGGGUAGUUCAUAUGAGUGGAUUGUCACCAAAAAAGCUGGCCGAGCCUCAGAACCAGACCUAGUAGCAAUGGAAGAAAGAGAAACAAAGGCAAUGAAUCAACCCCAACUGUUCCGAGGUGCUUCUGACAGCGGCCUUUCUGAACUUACCAAACUGAAAGAGCACCAAGAAGCAACCCCAAAACCAGAUAAAAAGAAAAUGAACAAACUAUACAAGAAAGAGCUUGCUUUGGCCUUCUUACUGCUCACUGCUGCUCUUAGGAGUCUGUUGUCUGCACAAGGAGUGCAUUUCUAUUUCCUGUUAUUCCAAGGCGUCACAUUCCUUCUCGUGGGCUUAGAUUUGAUCGGCGAGCAAAUGAGCUAAAACACAGCAUAAUGUUCAUCUAAUUUUCGCGAUCAAAGGCUGAGUUGCAUAGAUUGCAAAGCUACUGCUAACGGUACAGCUAUGAUUCAGAAGAAUAAAAUUCCUCUGAGAAUCAUUUCUCUCCUAUAGAAUUUUUUUCUUUCUUUUACUUAUAAGUUCUCAACAUAGAAUUUACUCUUUGUCAUUUAAUUUAUCACUUAUUAUAGUGCUGUGAAUUUGCUUUCUUGGAGGGUUUAAAAUUGGUGAGAUAGGAUUCUAUGGGGAUGAAAACCCAUAUAAAAGAAAAAUUGCCAAAGUCAAUUCUUUUGCUUUUGGAUCAUAAGAAAAAAUUGGAGUUUGUUAUUUGUUCUGGGUUAGUUUGGUACCAUAUUCUACAUAAAAUUGUAUGUAAGAACAGUGUAGAUUUUGAGUGAUGCUGAAGUUCAGCUGUUAAGGGUAUCAAUCUAGAUGCAUAAAUUACUCAUAUAAAAUUAUAUAUUUUUUUGUA